UUCAUUCUGUCUCACUUGAGAGGAAGGUUCAGACCCAGCAGCGCACGUCUGCUUGAGACAGAAGGACAGACACCAGGCUCCUGGGAUCCCCCAGCAUGUGGCGAGGGCUUCUUUUGACGACCACUUUCCUCCUUUCUCCACCUCCGGUAAAUUCUAUAAAAGAACUCCCUGGAGUGAAAAACUAUGAAGUGGUUUAUCCCAGAAGACUUCAUCCACUACAUAAAAGAGAGGUCAAGGAUCCAGGUCAACAGGAAAAAUUUGAAACUGAAUUGAAGUAUGAAAUGACAGUUAAUGGAAAAAUCGCAGUGCUUUACUUGAAGAAAAACAAGGGUCUCCUUGCACCAGGCUACACGGAAACAUAUUAUAAUUCCACUGGAAAGGAGGUCACCACGAGCCCACAGAUCAUGGAUGACUGUUACUACCAAGGACACAUCAUUAAUGAAAAACUUUCUGAUGCUAGUAUCAGCACAUGUAGGGGUCUAAGGGGUUACUUCAGUCAGGGAGAUCAAAAGUACUUCAUUGAACCUUUAAGCCCCACAAAUCAGGAUGAACAGGAACAUGCACUCUUCAAGCACGAUCCUGAUGAACAGAAGACUAACAGCAACUGUGGGAUGGAUGACAUGUUAUGGGUACCUGAAAUUCAUCAGAAUGCAGUCCCAUCGGCCACCAGUCUUGUGAAGUCCAAAGACCAGAAGCCUUGGGAACAAAAUAAAUACAUAGAAUAUUUUUUGGUCCUGGAUAAUGGUGAGUUUAAAAAGUACAAUCAAGAUCAAGAGGAAAUAAGAAAGAGGGUGUUUGAGAUGGUCAAUUACAUCAACAUGCUUUAUAAAAAGCUCAAUACUCAUGUUGCCUUAAUUGGGAUGGAAAUCUGGAAUGACAAGGAUAAGAUAAAGAUAUCCCCCAAUGCAAGCCUCACCUUGGAAAAUUUUGCUAAAUGGAGGGGGGGUGUCCUCCUAAGAAGAAAGCGUCAUGAUGUUGCUCAGUUAAUCACGGCAAGUGAAUUUUCUGGAACAACUGUGGGCCUUGCUUUCACGUCUACAAUGUGCUCUCCGUAUCAUUCUGUUGGCAUUGUUCAGGACCACAGUCACAACAUGCUUAGCGUUGCAGGGACCAUGGCCCAUGAAAUGGGCCAUAACUUCGGAAUGUUUCAUGACACCUAUGCUUGCAAGUGCCCUUCUACAGUAUGUGUGAUGGACAGAGCACUAAGCUUCUACAUACCUACGGACUUCAGUUCCUGCAGCCGUGUCAGCUAUGAAAAAUUCUUGGAAGAUAAAUUAUACAAUUGCCUCUUUAACGUUCCGCUGCCUACAGAUAUCAUAUCCACCCCGAUCUGUGGGAACCAGUUGAUAGAAAUGGGAGAAGACUGUGACUGUGGGACCCCCGAGGAAUGUACCAACGUUUGCUGUGAUGCAAAAACAUGUAAAAUCAAAGCAAAUUUUCAAUGUGCAGUAGGGAAAUGCUGUGAAAAAUGCCGGUUUAAAAAGGCUGGUGAGGUGUGCAGACCAGCAAAAGAUGAGUGUGACCUGCUCGAAAUGUGUGAUGGCAAAUCCGGUCUUUGCCCCGAUGAUCGAUUCCAAGUCAAUGGCUUCCCUUGCCAAAAUGGGAAGGGCUACUGCUUGAUGGGGAUGUGCCCCACCCUGGAGGAGCAGUGCACCGAGCUAUGGGGACCAGGAACCCAGGUUGCAGAUAAGUCAUGUUUUAGCAGGAAUGAAGGUGGGUCAAGUUAUGGGUACUGUCGAAAAGUGGAUGACACACGCAUUCCCUGUAAAGCAAAUGAUGCCAUGUGUGGGAAGUUGUUCUGUAAUGGUGGGUCAGAUUAUCUGCUCUGGAGAGGACGUAUAAUAACAUUCCUGACAUGUAAAACAUUUGAACCUGAAGACAGCAGUCAAGAAAUCAGCAUAGUAGCCAAUGGAACCAAGUGUGGAGAGAAUAAGGUUUGCAUUAAUGCAGAAUGUAUGGAUGUCGAAAGAGCUUACCAAUUGGCCAAUUGCUCCUCUAAGUGCAAAGGACAUGCUGUGUGUGACCACGAGCUCCAAUGUCAGUGUAAAGAAGGAUGGGCCCCUCCUGAUUGCGAUGGUUCUUCCAUGGUCUUCAAUUUCUCCAUUGUGGUUGGGGUGCUGUUCCCUGUGGCCCUCAUAUUUGUGGUGGUUGCUAUAGUAACCCGAUACCAAAGCACCAGAGGAAAGCAGAAGGAAGUCCAGAGGCCACUGUCUACCACUGACACCGGGCCACACAAGCAGAAGAGGAAACCACAGACGGCGAAGACUGUUCAACCCCAAGAGAUGAAGCUUGACACACCUGACCUUCCGGCAGAGGAGGAUGUGCCUCCAGCUUCUGUUCUAAUUACGAAGCCAGAUUUUUCUCCACCGCCGAUUCCUACAUCUGUGUCAUUCUCUUUCCUUCAUAAAGACACAAAAGACUUUCCUCUAACUGUUUUCAAGGAUAAGCCAAUGUCUACACUUAAGGGCUCCAAUCCAAAAGUCUGAAGUAACAGCUAAGCAAGGAUUGGUGGGUAAAUGAUCAACUUAGAAGACUGGACAAUCUGGAUGGAAGAGAAAUGUACUAAUAUUGCUGUUGACACUCAAGGAGGUUACUAUUUCUUGAUUAUACUUUGAAGACAUAAAAUUUCAAGAGAGACAUACUCUUGAGAAUCUUUGUAUGAAUUAAAAUUUUCUGUUCUCUAUACUCAUGGGAAAGAGGAUGGCUCUAAAGAAAGAGCUAUAAGGCUGAAAUCUCUAAUUAGGUGAAUUUCCUAACCUUUCCCACACACCCCCCCCUUUUUUACUGUGAUGUUGACUAAUAUUUGUUAAAGGGUUUUGAGCACCUUGAUUUUCUCAUUCAGUAGGAAUUAAUUCACCCUCUAAUGAAAACAAAAAACAAGAAAUCACAGGAAACUGGGAAGGAUGGGAGAAAAUUGUAUACUCCUCAUUUGAUGACUAGCAAUAGCUUAAUUGUUUUAACCCUGAAACUGUCAAAUUAGAACCCUCAGUUACAAAGAAAAUUAUACAAACAUUCUCUGGUUUUUAUCAUGUCUUUUUCCUACCCUACAUUAUCUUCUGGAAUUCUUAUUAGCUGUGUCAUUGGAAGUUCACUACAAUUGAUUAAGACUUUAUUAAUUAAAUUGUUUUUUCAUAGAAAUUUGUAUAAUUCAGUUACUGGCAAGCUUAAAGUGAACAUUACUUUCUAAGUAGAAAAAGUUUUAGUUAAAUAAAUUAAUAACGUAAACCAGAGGUUGUAAACUGCUGGCCAGCAGGAUGUGUCUGGACUGCAGAUUUAUUUUAUUUGGCCUCAAUGAUUUUGGCCAAAAAGUAUUUUUUAAUGUUUUGAAUGUAUUGCCAAUAUUUAAAACUUGGGAGAUCUUGCGUAAACAUCCAGAUCUCCAGCAUUUUAAAAGUAAUCAAAUGGUUUGUCAACACUGGAAUCACAUUGCCCACAGCAACCAUCAGCUUAGUUGACUGGUGAUGAAACAAACAUUGUAGGUCACCUACCAAAAACUCCUUUCUUGCUUUUCAGAACCCAAAUUUUGUUCAGUUUUCCAUAUGCAUUUCCAUUUUCAUGCAUGCAUGAAAAGAUAAUCUCUGUAUAACCUAUAUGGGAAAAGAAUCUGAAAAAGAAUAGAUAAAUGAAUAUGCAUAA